AUGUCGCUGUCCCCUACCACGGGCAUCGGCAGGCUUUCCUUAGAGGCAACUGCAGCCGCACCUACCCGAGCCAAUCUCCAAAUGCAGCAAUCUCGGGCAAGCUCCUCGACGGACGGGUCGGAACAGCACUCGGACGAGAGCGACUGGGAAGAGGAUGAAGACGACGUCAUUUCGUUACCCUCGGGUCUCAACUACAACAUCUCUCGCGUCUCUCCCAGGACACAGAAUGUGGUGCGAGAACUCAUCAGCCAAGCCUCGGUUCAGGGGUCGCCACAGAUAUCGCUCGAGCUAUGCGGGAUAAAGGAGGAGAGCUCCGAAGGUGGUGGCAUUUUUUACGCCUUUCAAAUGCACGAAACCGUCCCUUGCUCAGUUCGCAUUGGCGCCAGAAAUAGCACGCGAUUCUCGGUUCCCCGGUGCGAAUGUCCCGAUGCCAGAUACCGACGUGCCCAGCCGUGUAAACACAUAGUGUGGCUCUUUGACCACGUUUCGAAGCAAGCCCUUUUUGACCAUGACCCUGAUUCAGACCUCACCAUGACAGAGAUGGGCUACCCCCAAGAGCUCCAAGACCCUUUCCAGCAUAUCUCGCAAAUGCGCCUUGACGUCCUGGCCGACAGCCUCCACUGCGACAUAUCAGCCCCUAGCCGCGAUACCGCCCUUCCCAGCAGAAGUCGUGUGAGAGAAGCUCGGGAAAUUGUUGCCGCCGUGGCUGGAGUCGGGGCCUCGGAACUCGACACCUACAGGCUCGACCUCGAGUCAUCGUACAACAGCGACAACCUGAUACGCCGUGGUGAUCUCGAGGCCACACUCUUCUCCCUCAUACUUGCGUCGCACUCCCUAGCCAAUUGGGUGCGUGCCCAGCUCAACCCCACCGACCCAGCUGUCGACCCCUUUCGUCACCUGCAGCUACGUGCUUUGCGUAUUCUCGCAGAGCUUGACGGUUAUUCGUCGUCUCUUCAUGACCCCGCUGCCGUCGCCGCCCGCCAGGAGGAGGGAAAAGAGGCAGAAGGCCCGCGAAGUGUAGCCUGGGCUGCCACACAGAUUCGGCAAUGUGUUGUGCAGAUCGAUAAGCUUGUGUCGCGCGGCUCCAGACCCCUAGCCAAGUCGGCUCGCGCAUCGGCAGCACGAGCACUCGUGAGCAUCCUCAAGGCCGUGACAAAUCACAACUUCGACUCACACGGCGGAGCUACUCUUGACGACCGGAAUCUAUACAUGUGCCUGGUGGGCAACCACGACACCGGCUUUGUCUACUCGGCUCUCGACACGCUGGUCGACCAGAGUCAAUUCAUCGAGGAGCUCGAGGGAAUUAUGGAAUUGCUUGGCCGCUUUGGCUCUCCGGCCUCGUACGCCGCUAACAUGCGAGGUCUCAUCACCCGCAUGCGCAGCCAUACGACGGCCGGCAACUACGCUAGCACGGCCGGCAGCGGCUCUGUUGUCGGUGCCAGCACAAGCGGUAUCCCCCGGACCGAGACACCUGCUCUGGAGACGCCGCCAGAGGAGGAGCCCCCGGCUUCGGGCUCUUCUGGUCCGAGUAGCGGACAAUUUAUUACCCCUGAGGUACCGGCAAGCGCAUCAAAACGGGGGAGUCGAGGCGGUCGAGGCAGCCGCGGAGGAGGGCGCGGGAGA